CUGCUUGAUCUGGUCGCGCAGSGCAGAAGGAACUGUUCUGGCGCAGGCAGCAGAUGCAGGGUCCAGGUAUAAAUCCUGUCCUGCUAUUUCUCAGCAGACAUGGAAGAUAAGUCUGUCCUUGAGCAGGAGUUCAGACGACAGACGACUCCCGCCAUCAACCAAAAGCGGGCAAGUUAAAAACAGCAGAAACAAAUUAUCAAGAUGAAUUAUACGACCGACUUCUUCAGCGACAUAUACAGCACCGUAUCAGUAAGCUGUUUGUAACACACGCAAAGGAUUUUGCCAUCGCGUCUAACGGAGUUCUUCCCGCGGACUAUUUCUGGAAUUCGAUCGUUAUCAUGGAAAUGUACACUGACGUCCUACUUGUCACCGCAAAUGUUGGAUCAUUAUUCGACAAUGUGGGUGAGAUUGAGAGUGACUGGAUGCGAGAAUUCUUUGGGACAGUCCAGAGUCACAAACCACGCUUCAUCGCCCUGCAUUUCCAGGAGGUUGGAGGGAAGGACUACAUGGUCAACAUGGGCCAUGCAGAGAACUUCUUUUGGAACAUUGAGUCCAAUAAGGAGAUGAGGGACUUUGACAGGGUCUGCACCUAUGUGGACAGCCACUUCAAGAACGUGGACAGCUUCACUGCCUUGGGAAGCAUGUACUUCAUCCAUAAGUCAUUGAAAAACAUCUACCAAUAUGAUUUUAAUGUUAAGGAUUUUAAAGCAGUGUCUGGACAGAACAAGUAUGUAGGCUCCCUGGAUGAAGUAACCACAGUGGAGAAAGAAAAAUUCCUGAAGAAUUUCUGGCCCGAUUUCAAAUGGUCUAGGAAGGGCUUUAUGAGGACCCGGUGGAUCAUUCACAACCAGGGUCUGGACCUAGUCAACGUACACCUCUUCCAUGAUGCCUCCAACCUCAUUGCCUGUAACGCCAGUCCCUCCAUUUACUCAGACAACCGCCAGAAGGCCCUGAGAUAUGUCAUCAACAGGAUAUCAGACAGCAGCUACACCCCACUCCCCUUCUUCUUGUUUGGGGAUUUCAACUUCCGCCUGGACACCCUUAGCCUGGUCCAGAACUUGUCCACUUCAGCAGUGGUGCAGACAGUGAAGAAGGACAGCAGUAAUGAGGUGGAAAAAAUUAUCUGUGAGCAGAAGGACAAUCACCACAAGGUUCUUCUCCAUAUUGAGACCAAGAUAUUUGCCUACCUGCACCAGGCAGUGUUCACAGAGGACAACGGCAGAGCGAUUCUGAAGUAUGACAAGGAGAUCUCAGCCUUUCAAGAUGUCAUUACAGAGGAAGACAUCCUGUUUCCACCCAGUUACCCAUACAGUGAGGACUACACUAAACCCACCCAGUACGUGAACACUCGCUGCCCCUCCUGGUGUGACCGCAUUCUCAUGUCUCACACUGCCCAAGACAUCAUCCACAGGAGAGAUGAGGGAGCYAGCAGUGUGGUUUACAACACAAUGGGCCCUAAUGUCUGCAUGGGAGACCACAAGCCUGUUUUCUUGUCCUUUGCACUGAAGACGAAUGGCCAUUGACAAGGAUCCCGCUCAAUGGAAUGCCAGUAUCUAUCCAACACAAGUCCCACUGGCCAUCACCAUCACACUCCCACUCCACUAUCUGUACCAGAGGA